UCACCCCCAUUUGCUGUUCUUUGCUGCCAGGGGCUUGCUUUCAGCUUCAGCCAGUUGGAUAGUGCAAGUAAGCAUGCAGAAAGUCAGCAUAAGGAAAUGCUGAGCAACAUGAAUAAGUCCGGAAGAUCUGAUAGUAUUCUGAUUCAGGAAUAGAAACUGAAACUAAUAUAAUGUUUAUAAAGGCACAUUCAUCUCCCAGGAAGCAACACACGAAUCCAGAAAUACCCAUGGCUGCUGGCAGACGUCCCUUACCCAGAGGAAACAACCAAGGGUGGACGAUGCAGCCAACAGACUUCCAAAGAAAUUAUUCUCCUACCCGGAAUGGAGGACCGGUGUACCUGCUGUAUGAAAUCAGGUGGAGAAAUGGUUCCAUCUGGAGGAACUGGUGCUCGAACAAUCAUGAACGACACGCUGAAGUCAACUUCUUGGAAAAUCCUUUCAAUGGCAGGCCACAAGCUCCUUGCUCCAUCACCUGGUUCCUUUCAACUAGUCCCUGUGGAAACUGCUCCGAAAGGAUUCUGGAGUUCCUGAGGUCACACCCUAAUGUGACCUUGGAAAUAUAUGCAGCCAAGCUGUUCAGGCACCUCGAUGUCCGGAACCGCCAAGGUCUCCGCAACCUGAUGAUGAAUGGAGUUUCUAUACGUAUCAUGGAUCUUGGAGGGGCUUCCUCCACUUCUGUCAAACUGAGUGCUAAUGAGCAUCACCACCAUGCUUUCAAACUCAGUUUGUGCAUCAAUACAAGACCAGAAAAGCCAGUCCCUGGCUGUCUUUUCUUCUGCAGCCUUGAUAAGUUUCUUGCUGCCACCAGAGAAGACUCUGAUCACUGGCUGGGCAUUGCUAACAGAACAGAAGAUUGAACAGAACAGAAGCAGCGCAUGAGAAGGAAGUUUGGAUGAUGCAGCCAGGCAUCCAGGACACUCUGGUCUUUACAGAGCUUCCUGAGAGUCCAGUGGGGAUGGAGACCAUGCCCCAUAAUCAGGCCUUCCACGUCUGCAGAUUCUGCAGUCAGAUUCUGCGAGUGCCCUCUUGAGAGGCCAGCAUGUAACAUUUUUCAUGCUCCGAUCUGUUCCAAAGAACUAACCAGCCAUGCAUUCUUGCUUUCAGAAUUUCUUAUGAGGAUACACGUGUAUAUGUUUCAGAAAAUAUUUCAUGCUAUUACAGUAUUUAUGCAAUACUGUAAUAAUACUUCAUCUUAAGGUUUUAUUUAUGAGUGUAAACUUUAUUAAUGACUGUAAAACCAGUGUAAUAAAAAGGAAUAUGUCAA